AUGUCGAAGACUCACGUUUUGCUGGUCGGCGCAGCGGGUGAAACCGGAGGUUCCAUCGCGAAUGGCCUCUUGGACGAUGGCCGAUUUGAGGUGGUUGCUCUUGUCCGUCCCAGCUCGGCCCAGAAACCCGCCAUCACACGAUUGCAGGAACGUGGCAUCCAGAUCCGGAAAUGCGACCUGAAGGCUCCUGAGGAGCAUCUGAUCGAAGCCCUGUCGGAGAUUGACGUGGUCAUUAGUUGUGUUGGCCCCGCCGAGCAGCAAGACCAGAUCCCGCUGGCCAAAGCUGCCAAAAAGACCGGGGUCAAGCGAUUUGUUCCAUGUGGUUUCAUCACCGUGACGCCCCCGGGCGGCAUCAUGUGGCUGCGCGACGAGAAAGAGGUCGUCUACAACCAAAUUCGCCAGCUGUGGCUUCCCUACACUCUCGUCGAUGUCGGCUGGUGGUUCCAGCUGUCAUACCCGCGUCUUCCCUCUGGUCGAGUGGACUACGCCAUGACAUCUGGAAACGACGAGAUCAUCGGCGAUGGAAACAUGCCCACGGCCCUGACUGACCUGCGGGAUAUCGGUCGCUACAUGGCCCGAAUCAUCUCCGACCCCCGGACCCUGAACAAGAAGGUGUUGGCCUACAACCUGGUGUCAACCCAGAACAAGAUCUACGAUCUCAUGGAGGAGCUGAGCGAGGAAAAGAUCUUCCGAAACUACGUCCCCGAAGAGACGAUUUGCAGCCGAGUAGUGGCGGCCCGACAGGCCAGUGAGACAUAUCCGUUCGACCCGAUUAAGUUCAUCCCGCGGUAUCUGGCCGAAUAUCAACUCUCGUGGGGAAUCCGAGGCGACAAUAACCCGGAGUAUGCCAAGUACCUGGGCUACCACACCACGCAUGACCUUUAUCCCGACUUCCAACCCACCGACUUCCGCGAGUAUCUGGAGUCGGUCAUUCGCGGCACGGCCAAGGGUGUGUACCAGGACCGCGUGAUUUCGCGCAAGCACCAACGACACUUCCCGCGGACUGAGUCCAGCGAUUCGCUGUACACGCGCAUAUUCCCGCGGACCGAGUCGAGCGACUCUCUCAUGUCGAGAUGA